UUCUGCUCACACUCAGUUGAAAAGCAACUUCCCUUUCCUCAUCCCCUUACCCCAAUUUUCCUUCUCUAGCAAUGGACUCCCUCACUCUUUCUACUUCUCUAUCUCCUAAUUACCCUUCCUUCAAUCUCCGCCAUACUUCAAUUCCCAAACUCUCACCCACUUUCCCAUACCCAUCUCGCAAAACCCCCUUUUCAUCUCUCAAAUCCUCACUCACUACUUCUCACCAACAACAACAACCCACUUCAAAAACCCUUGAGGAUGAUGAGAAGUUGUCUUUGUUACUUGCGUCUUCUCCUCAGACCCCCACUACGGCUAUGCGGGGUGCUGAAGCUGAUGCAAUGGGGCUGUUGUUUAGGGAGAGGAUAGUAUUCUUGGGUAAUAAUAUUGAUGAUUUUAUUGCUGAUUCUAUUAUUAGUCAGUUGUUGUUGCUUGAUGCUAUGGAUUCGAAGAAAGAUAUUAGGCUCUUUAUUAAUUGCCCUGGCGGCUCCCUCAGCGCAACAAUGGCUAUCUUUGACGUUGUGCAGUUGGUGAGGGCCGAUGUAUCCACAGUUGCACUUGGCAUUUCAGCUUCCACCGCUUCAAUAAUCCUUGGUGGUGGUACCAAAGGAAAGCGCUAUGCAAUGCCUAAUACUCGAAUUAUGAUACAUCAACCACUUGGAGGUGCAAGCGGUCAGGCAAUCGAUGUGGAAAUUCAAGCCCGAGAAAUAAUGCAUAACAAGGACAAUGUUACCAAAAUUAUUUCCAAUUGCACUGGACGAUCACAUGAACAAGUUAUGAAAGAUAUUGAUAGAGAUCGUUACAUGUCCCCUAUUGAAGCUGUCGAAUAUGGGCUAAUUGACGGUGUUAUUGAUAGAGAUAGCAUCAUUCCACUUAUGCCCGUUCCUGAAAGGGUUAAAUCUACAUUGAAUUAUCAAGAAAUGAUCCAGGAUCCUAAGAAAUUUUUGAACCCAGAAAUCCCUGAUGAUGAAAUAUAUUAGCUGGUGCAACAGGUACAGUAGCACUUGGCUUAGAAAUAGUGCAUACCUGAACGUGCAGCAUUAUCCUCAUUAUCUUGGGCAUUGUUUGUUGUAGAAUUUUCUAGGAGUUACAGCGCAGAAUCAUUUGAGGAAACUCUGGAUUUGCAGCUAUAACUGGAAUGAAUUGUACUGAAUUUGAUAUUAAAGCCAUCGUUGGCAUUUUUAUACACUUUACUUUCUACUUAGUAACUAGUUUUUUUUCAUAGGUUUCUAUCUUUCCUAUUCUCCUUUUUUUGUUAUUUUUAUUGAGAGCGGAUGGUGGUGGACUGGUGGUGGAGGGUUUAAUACUAUUGUCACAGCAUUUAAUGUAUUUCUCAUUUUCUCA